CCCCGGCCCGGCCCCGGCCCCGGCGCGCUGCUCCUGCCCUCUUCCCCCGGGCAGCGGCCUAGAGGCCCCAGGCCAGGGCUGCGGACAUGGAGGACGUGGAGGCCGGAGGAAGCGUUUGCGGCGGCUCCGCUCCAGCCCCGGAAGCCUCCAGUGACCCCGCGAGGCCUUUUACAGUUGCCAGUGACGAGGAGCCUUUGGGAGCCCCCGGCAGCCAGGAGUCUCGUGGACCCCCCAGGGCUGACGAGGAGGUUCAGGGGGCCCUGACUGGGCCCGAGGAAGAAGCCCCCGCCCACCUAGGUGUGCAUGAGCUGUCCAGCCAGACCUCCUUGGAGGAAAAGGAUAAGGAAGGAACCAAGGACUCAGGAAAGCCAGGUAAAAUGCCUGGCAGUGGUGACACCAGCCAAAGAGGGGAACUGUCCACUCCAGGACCUCGAGAUGAGGAGGAUGUGACGGCUGAGGGUUGGCGAAGCAGGCGAAAGCAUGUGUUCGUGCUGAGUGAGGCUGGAAAGCCCAUCUAUUCCCGAUAUGGCAAUGAGGAGGCCCUGUCUGCCACCAUGGGUGUGAUGAUGGCCCUAGUCUCAUUCAUUCAAAGUGGGGACAAUGCCAUCCGUUCUAUCUACUCAGAUGAUCGAACAUUGGUCUUCUUGCAGCAGGGCCCACUAGUGCUGGUUGCAGUGUCCAGGACCCCCCAGUCAGCUGCACAGCUUCGGUGUGAGCUCCUUGGAGUGCACGCCCAGAUUGUGAGCGUGCUAACUCGAGCUGGCGUGGCCCGAGUGUUUGAGCGCCAGAGGAGCUAUGACUUGCGCAGGCUACUGGCUGGCUCAGAGCGAAUCCUUGACAGCCUGCUAGAUGGGGCUGAGCGGGAGCCAGGUUUCCUGCUGGGUGCUGUGCGUUGCCUGCCCCUGCCUGCCCCAUUCCGGGACAGCCUAGGUGCCCUCCUGCAGCGGGCCACAGCACCCAGCCUGGCCUUCUCCAUCUUGGCUGCUGGCCGCCACCUAGUCACAGCAGCCCAAGAGAGGGCCGUCCUGGAAGACUGCCGCCUCGACCCGGCUGAUCUCCACCUGCUCUUGAAUUUAGUGGGAGCGUCUUCUGCCUUCCGGGCUGGGGAGGUCUGGGCUCCAGUCUGCCUGCCUCGAUUCAACCCCGAUGGCUUUUUUUAUGCUUAUGUUAGCUACCUAGGUGAUAACACUGACUAUGCUAUCUGCCUUGUGCUCCUCUCCACUGACCGAGAGGCCUUCCAUGCCCUGGCUGGCUGUAAGCGGAUAGUUGAAGAGGGCUUGCAGGCCCUGGGUGCCUCCCGGGUUCUGGCUGGUGGUGGGGUAGGGUUGCCCUCCUAUGGGGUCAGUGCAGUUGGUGCACCCGACCUACGGCACUUCCUCUACAAGCCUUUUGACAUCCCUGACAACUAUCGACAGCUGCCACAGUUCACCAGCCCAGAGAUGGAGGGGCCAUAUGCCAGUGAGUGUGAGCGCCAGAGACUCUUUGACCUCUACUAUCACCUGCACGGGCGUCUGCAUUCUCCAUCCAGGCCUCUUCGUCUCAUCUACCACGUGGCUGAGAAGGAGACCCUGCUUGCUUGGGUGACACCCAAAUUUGAGCUUUAUGGCUGCUUUAACCCACUGGUGACUAAAUCAGGUGCCAUCCAUGCUGUGACAAAGCUCCUGCGGUGGCUGAAGAGGGAGGAGGACCGACUCUUCAUCCGAUAUCCCCCAAAGUACUCGACGGCCCCUGGCCCAGCCCGGCGUGGGCCCAACAGGACCGACUCUGCCCUGGAGAAUGGCCUUUGAGAGCCUGCUACAAGUCCAUGCCCCUGUUGCACCUUAGUCUGCUGGCCUGGGGAGUGAGAAGGUUGGGGCCCUAUUGAUCCCUUUCUUGGCUUGUCUUGGGGGGAGUUGGGUGGCUACUAGGCACAUGAGAAGGGCCCCAUUCCUUGACCAAGGUUUAGAGGAGGGAGUGUCCUCCCUUUCUCUUGCUACUCGAAGGCCAAGUGUCCUCAGGAAGCUGUGAGGGUCUGUUUCUGUGUCCAUAAGAAUCAGUUUGGGGGGGAGUGUUUUUCCAUGCGUCAGUGGCUGGGUGCUAAAGUGCAUCUUGAGUGUGAUGGGGAGGCGGGGGGGGGGGGGAUGUCUGCCUAGGAGGAUCAAGCUUUUUGUGGCUUGCUCUGAGGUUGUGGCUACCCCAGGCUGUCUCUGGGUAGGCUCAUCUCUCAAGCAUGCUGUUCUAUUUGACUGUCUCAGUCUGCAGUCUAUGUGUGAGUCCCUGAGAGGCAUCAUCUGCCUCUCUCCCCAGUGGGCUCAGCCAGGACCGGCUGCCAUGUUCUGAACAGUUCCUCCUGGCCUCAGGGUCUAUCUUUGGCCCCCCCCCCCUGCCCUGCCUCUGUCUGCCUAGCCUGGGACCACCUGGAGGCACUGACUUCAAUAUUUGCGGAAAUAAUAAAAGGUUUUCAAAAUCA